AUGUCUGCUAGUUCAUCUGAGGUCCUUGACGCGCCGUGUAAAUGUUCCGGGAACCAGGUAUCAGGGAGAAAUCUGGUUAUUUGCAUCGACGGGACAUCAAACAAGUAUGGUGAUAAAAACACCAAUAUCGUCGAACUAUAUAGCGAGAUGGUCAAGGAUCGCGAACAGUUAACGUACUACAACAGUGGUGUAGGAACGUAUGCUAAGGGGCAUACACACUGGAUGAAGCAGGUCUCGAGUGUCUUUGAUCUGGCCUUUGCAUUUAAUAUCAGCCAAACCAUUAUGGACGCCUACAGAUGGCUCUCAGACACGUACAAUCCUGGUGAUAAGAUCUUUCUGUUUGGCAACCCAGGGUUUUCGAGAGGUGCAUACCAAGUUCGUGCACUGGCAGGACUGAUCCACGAAAUGGGACUCAUAUUACCUGGCAACAUAGAACAGAUCCCCUAUGCCUUCGAGCUUUACUCCGCCAUCAACAGUGGAAAGCUCAAGGAUAAGUUGCUUGCGGAAGGAUUCAGAUCGACGUUCUCGAGACAGGGCGUAGUAAUACAUUUCAUCGGUGUAUGGGACACCGUUUCGUCUGUUGGUAUCAGGAAGGAGAAGAUUUUACCGUCCACCGAUACAUGUGAUCACAUUUGCUACUUUCGCCAUGCACUUGCACUAGACGAGCGCAGGGUGAAAUUCCUACCGGAGUAUGUCUAUGGAGGCAUGAGCGAUCGACCGAAAUCCCAGUUCGUGCCACCACCCAAGGACGAAUAUCGUCACAAGGAAGAUCAUGCGGAAGAUCGUGUUAAGGAUCGCGUAAAGGAGGUUUGGUUUGCUGGUAGUCAUUCAGAUACGAAUGUGCUUAAUUUCCAAGACAUGCCAUUACUAUGGAUGCGUGAAGAAGCUCUCGAGGCGGGGCUUGUGCUCCAUCCUCCAAAGGUAGCUUUCAGAUUUGAAGAUUUGAAGGCACCCAAGAUGAAUAACUCGUUAACUCUUCGAUGGUGGCUACUCGAGCUAUUGCCUAUCAGACGUCUUUACUACAAUAACUCCAACCAGCAUACGUCAUUGUAA